AUGGUUUUGGAACAAUAUCUGGGUCCAAUACGACCCCACGUCAUCCAUGCUGCAGUUGCACUUGGAAACAAGAUGCAAGCAUACGGAAUCGAACCCCCCGCCCACGCUAACCUGACAGAUGCGCUAGUCAUUACGGUGCUGGUCCUAACAAUUACAGUUUUGGGCAUUGCCCUCUCUACACUGCUCUCCCGUCGAGAUCCGCGCAAUGCCGUUCUCAUUGUCGGCAUUUCAGGAGACAGUGAUGCCCCAGCUGUCGGAAAGACAGCUCUUUUCAAGUCCCUGCGCUAUGGUACGCUACCAAAGCAUGGCACUGUCCCAUCGAUGACUGUGAACGACGCCACAUUCGUCCCUCACGGUUUAUCCAUUUCUGCUCCGCCAAUGCGUUGGAUCGAUUUCCCGGGCCACCCGCGCCUCCGUCACAAGAUGCAUGCCUAUCUUCAGAUGGCAAAGUGUAUUGUCUUUGUUGUCGACGGUCAGCGCUUCACGGCACAAGCGAGAAAGGAUACCGAACUGUUGUUUACCAUUUUGACUGAUCCCUUCAUUGCAGAGAAGGGGACGCCGCUGCUGAUCUUUUGUAACAAAUCUGACGUCGCAAAUCCGACCAAAACGGUUACCGUUCAAACCCGACUGGAGGCCGAGCUCGAACGAGCUCGGGCUUCCAGUGUCACUACCUUGCGAUCUGCUGGCGUUGCAGUCGACGGAAGCGGCAAUCAAGGAGCGUUGGCUGAUGAAGAGGAACGUGCUCAGCUUGGGUACGAGAACGAGCCGUUUUCGUUUGAUCACGCACCAGGACCUGUCACAUUCGCAUCUGGUUCGGCGGUUAACAACGACGUCGAAGCAAUCAUAAACUUUGCGAGGAGUAGCUUCUUGUGAGAUUUGUCCCAGUGAGUAGCAUGAAGGAGUACAAACGAAGUGCGUCAUGAAGUGUUGGCAGCUCCGUACGUCAGGUCGAGUAUGCUUCUCCAAAAAUGACAAAAUCGCAUUACGUCAAAGACGUCUGUACAGAAGCUGUGAGCGGAGAAAAACGCCCGGUACAGGUGGGUACGUGAUUGUGCCGUGGUCCAAGUACGGCGGCGGUUCAGAUUCCGUGCUGCCAAUACUUUUCAAGAUGGGCUGGCCACCCGGGAUGGAGGAUGAAUUAUGAAGCAAGAAUCCUAGGCACCGAAAUAGGCACUGCGCUGUUCCGGUCAAACAGCUUCACUUGCAAAUGCCACCAGUACACUAAAUCACAGUUUUGCAAAGACUAAAUACUUGAAAACAUGGUCUUCGGUCUGGAUAAUGGCAGAGGACUCCAGGGACCAUCACAAAUCGCUUUGUCUGCAGCACCUGUUUGCUUUCUAUUUACAUAUCCGCACAUGCAAACGCCUUGGCAAUCGUUCAAGCAUGAGUUGUACGGGACCGAGCAAAGUCUUGCUCAGGAAACAACCUAUACGAAAGGAGGGAAGACACUGAUAUAGCCGGUUCGUUUCACACGCUGAGGGGACAGUCUAACAGGUGUGUUAUAGUAGCAGUGCAGGAAGCGUCUUCGCUAGUACCAUCGAUAGUCUAGUGGCUCGUGGUGCGGUGUCGCUUUUCUGCUUACUGCUGUUACAUGCAGUUUUGAGUUGUUAUCGCAGCUAUAAAGAGUGAUAAGCAGGUCCUUGUCAGACGUGAGGCGUAGAUCUUCAGUUGAGGCAUGCGACUUCUUGUUUU